AUGAGCACUAUCAUUCGAGAGAUCGCUCCAGGAUUGGUUACCUUUUCUAGGCCUUUUCGUCGUUUUGGAGCCCCCAUUGGUGGACGCUCGACAGCUAUUAGAUUGAGCUCGGGAGAUGUUUUCUUGAUUGCGUCUACGCAACUUGACCAGGCUACCAAGGAAACGAUUGAGAGUUUGGGAAAGGUCAAAUACAUCAUAGCCAUUGACGCUGAGCACACUAUUUUCGUCGAAUCGUACCAAAAUGCCUACCCAGAGGCGAAACUAAUAGGCGUCGAAACCCUCGACAAGCGGAAACCUCACCUCCGCUGGGACCAUCUAUACACCUCCAACAAUCCACCUCCCUUUAGCCAACUUCCUCCCGACAUCUCCACCCAAUUCUUCCCUUCUUUCAUCAACAAGGAUCUAGCCAUCCUCCACAAACCAUCACGCACGCUCCUCGUAGCAGACCUCCUUUGGAACCUCCCCGCUGGAGAACAGAACGGUUUACCCACCGACUACGAGAAUUGGUUCCAUAGCCUCAUGAGCCCCGGAACAAGAUUUCAACGAGCGUUUCUUUGGCUUGCUUCGAUCAAGGAUGGAAAAGCCAUGAGCCGAGAUGCGAAAGUCGUUGAUGGCUGGGAUUUCAAUAGGAUAAUACCAUGUCAUGGAGACGUCAUCGAGACAGGAGGGAAGGAAGCGUGGCGGUCGACGUAUACCGGUUUUUUGAAGGGAACAUAGUGACAGUCGGUUUUUAAUCGGGAACCAGAAUUAGAAAUGGG